ACCCCCUUGAAAUUGCAUGGGAAAUUUAAGAGGGUGUAGUCACUUCAAAAAAAAAAAAAAAAAAAGUUUUUAUACGUCAAACUUUCAAAACAGAAUUAUAUUUUAUUUGUUUGUUUCUAAAAGCUGUCUAUCCAUUUCCUUAGCGUACACAGCUUACUCAACAAAAUAAAGUAAGAUAAAGAUACUACAAUUGGUACUCUGGUCUACAGUCUACUCUACUAUUCAUUUUUUUACACAUAAUCCAGUUCAACACCCAAUAAAAAACCUAGAAAUAAUUACAUUAAAAAAAAAAAAGAUAAUCCCAAAAAAAAAAAAAAAAAAAAAAAAGAUGAUGAAAAAAAUGGUGCUUUGCUUUGGCAAAUUUGAUGCAGCAGAGAGUUUCAGAGCAGCUUCUCUUUCACUUUCUUUGUUUAUUUGUUGAUUCUCUCUCUAAAUUCUCACCUUUCACUCUUUCUCUCUCUAACUUUCUAACCCUUUUACUUUCUUUCCAGCUCUUUUCAAGCUAUCAACUAAGCUUUCUCUUUCAUUCUGCCGUUUUUUCUUUCUCUUACUUUCUCUCUCUUCAUUGAUGCACUCAUUUCAUAGCUUUCAGCUAUUAUUUCAGUUAGACAGGGAAAACAACAUACCAAAACAUUCUCUGGAUAGUUGAGAAUCUGCAUUUUUAUCACUGAUUUUUACUUGAUUAAAAGUUGGUGCUGCGUUUUAGUUAGAUUCGUAGAUUUGAGAGAUUGAAGUGGGUUAUCAAAGAGGUUGAGCAUUGGAUGAAUGGGUUGGAAGAUACGUAUGAAGAACUGCCCAGGUGUAAAGAUCUGGGUUGAAGUUUGUUUUGUUUUCGUGUUCGUUUUUUUGCUGCAUUUUGCAAAUGGGUCAACAAAUCCCACUGAUGUUGCUGCAAUUAACAGCUUAUAUGCUGCUUUGGGUUCUCCAAAUCUCCCUGGAUGGGUUGCUGCUGCGGGAGAUCCAUGUGGUGAUGCUUGGCAAGGCGUCCAGUGUGAUGCUUCAAACAUAAAUUCAAUAAGUCUUGUUGGAGCCGAUUUGGGUGGUGAAUUGGGUGACAGCAUAGGAUUAUUCACAUCUAUUAAAUCAAUUGAUCUGAGCAACAAUCAUAUUGGUGGAAGUGUUCCUUCCAGUUUGCCAGCUUCCUUGGUCACAUUUUUACUUUCAAGUAAUAAUCUAACUGGAAAGAUCCCGAGCACUAUAUCCGCUCUUCCUGCUCUUGCUACAUUGAAACUUAAUGCCAACCAUCUUACUGGAGAACUACCAGAUGGCUUUCAAUCUCCUUCAGCUUUGACCAGCAUAGAUUUGGGUCAAAAUAGUUUGAGUGGAGAGCUGCCUCCUUCGAUGGAGAAUUUAUCUUCUCUGGUUAGCCUGCACUUGCAAGACAAUCAGCUGUCCGGGACACUUGAUGUUCUUCAGGAUCUUCCCCUGCAAGAUUUGGAUAUAGCAAACAACCAAUUCUCUGGACCUAUACCUGACAAGUUGUUGAGUAUUCCAAGCUUCAAGAGGGAUGGGAAUCUUUUUAACACCUCUGUCUCUCCAGCGUCAUCACCAACAGCUUCCCCUGUGACGCCUUCACCUUUUUUUCCAGGGGCACCAACUCAGGCCCCACCUCGUUCAGGCACAACAUCUCCCAGUUCUGGCACAACUUCCUCCAAUUCUAGCACUUCUCCCGGCUCUGGCAUUAUUUCUUCCAACCCUAGCUCAACUUCUGGUUCUGGACAGAGGCCUGGAACUCGCACAGCUCCAUCGUCUACUCAUGAGGAUCCAAAUACUGAAAAGAAAACACAGGCCUCAAAAACGAAAAGGAUUGUUGGGAUAUCAAUUGCUUCGGUGAUUGGGUUUAUUAUUAUGGUUUUGGCACUUUUACUGUGCUUGCCAUGGUGUUUUAGCAGAAGUAAAGACUAUUUUCGAACUACAAAGAGACAUGAAAUCCGACCAUAUAUGGGUCCAAGAGAUUACCCUCACAACAAUCCCCCAUCACGUCUACCUUACAAUCAGCCUGAGAAAGCGAAUUCUGAAAUUAUGUGGUCAGCUCCAAAAGAUGCUGUUGUGGAAAUUAAAGAUGGGCCGCGAGCAGAAGUUAGGACUACUGCUGCAAUUGCAAAACAGCGUAGUGAAGAGGGACUUUAUUCUCAAAGAUCUACAGUCCCGGUAAGGAAGCUUGACAGUGAUAUGAGCUUUAGUGACAUUGAUUUUAUGAUCAAUCCCCCACCACCUCCGCCUCCUCCUCCACCACCACCACCACCACCACCUCUUCCAUUUUCCACUGAGAGACUUAUUGUGAAACCCAUCACGCCAACAGGAUCUGUUGCUGCAAAGACUUCCUCUAGGCCUCUUCCCAUGACAUCAGUGAAAUCUUUCACAAUUGCUUCACUUCAGCAGUAUACUAACAGCUUUUCGCAAGAUAAUCUCUUAGGAAAUGGCAUGCUAGGAACUGUAUAUCGGGCAGAGCUCCCUAAUGGAAAGCUAUUGGCAGUCAAGAAACUUGACAAGGGUGUCUCUAGUCGUCUGAAAGACCACGAAUUUCUUGAGCUUGUAAAUAACAUUGAUAAAAUUCGACAUGUAAAUGUUGUGGAACUGGUGGGCUACUGUUCAGAGCACAGUCAGCGGCUCUUGAUUUACGAGUAUUGUAGUAAUGGGUCUCUACAGGAUGCACUGCACUCAGAUGAUGAAUACAUGAAGAAGCUUUCUUGGAACAUUCGCAUGCAGAUGGCACUCGGAGCUGCAAGAGCACUGGAGUAUCUGCAUGAGGUCUGUGAACCACCUGUUGUACACAGAAACUUCAAAUCUGGAAACCUUCUUCUUGAUGAUGAACUGCAAGUGCGGGUCUCUGAUUGUGGCUUGGCAACUUUGAUAGCAUCUGGUUCUGUUAGCCAGUUGUCAGGACACUUGUUAUCAGCUUAUGGUUAUGGUGCUCCAGAAUUCGAGUCAGGAAUUUAUACUUCCCAAAGUGAUGUUUACAGCUUUGGAGUGGUUAUGUUAGAACUAUUGACAGGUCGAAUGUCUUAUGACAGGACACGGGUUCGUGGGGAACAAUUUUUGGUGAGGUGGGCAGUUCCUCAGCUACAUGAUAUUGAUGCUUUGCAGAGAAUGGUUGAUCCUUCUCUGAAUAGGCAGUAUCCAGCUAAAUCCUUAUCACACUUUGCUGACAUUAUUUCACGCUGUGUUCAGACUCAACCAGAGUUUAGGCCGCUGAUGUCUGAAGUCGUGCAAGAUCUUCAGCACAUGUUACAAAGAGGUUCACCCAGCAAGAGUCUGAACAAUGAAGACUAAGCCUACAAGUGACGCCUAGAGAAACUUUGAUUAUGAUGGGAAAUGUGCUAAGUUUUGAUGUCUAAUUGGAGGACAUGCAGAUUUUUGGAAUUGAUUUAACUGCAGGAUUUCAAGCCAACUGCAACAUUAGAAGUACAGAUAGUUAUCAUGAAAACUGCAACUGUACAUUCCCCAUUAGAUGCUGCUCUAUUUAUUCGAUGCAGUGGACUACCUGUUGUGACCCCUGCUGCUAUGGUAUGCCUUCUUCACAUCAAUAAAUUGCCAUAUAUUCGAUGAUCAACAAGUUGGCGAUCCGAGCAAUGCAGUGAUCUCAUUGUUUAAGAUUUGACUGGGUAAAAAGUGUACUUAGCCCAAUUUGGAUGUUAUAAGAAUUUGUCCAUAUUGUAUUUUUGUUACUAUAGUUUUAUAACAUACCUUGUUCUUAUGUUGCAGAUUCAUUUGACCCCAUUCUUUGAAUUUUUGAGUGACAUUUGUUGUAAGCAUCUAUUUGGUGUAGCAUCGAUCUUAACUACUACUUGAGUUAUUUCUAUCAUAAAUAAUUAUCUACUGUGAUUUGCCA